CGCCUGUCGGUUCGUGAAAUUUGGAGGUAGAAGAGGCCUCUUCAUAUUAGGAGCGAUUAACGUGGCUUUGCCUUCUUCAGAAUAGCGGCCUCCAACUGCGAGGCUGACUGAAAUUGUUAAAUGCGAGCACAUGGAGGUCAUCUCCCACAACCCGACUAGAGCCUGAAUGACCAGAUUCAGGGACCAAUGUUGUUCAACCGCGGUGCCCAGGGAUGUGUGUGAUUGGCAGGAGAGGCGGGGCCACCUCCGCCCCGUCGCGUCGGGGCCACUCCCGCCCCUUCGCGUUGGGACCUCGCCCCCAAGCCGUGGAGUAGCAUUCCUCAGGCCAGAGGUCUCAUAGCCGAAGGCCUGUGGAUUCUGCAUCUAGGCGGCCGGCAGAGGCAGUCAUGGAGGGCGGUGACUCCCUCGAGCCCGAGACCACCGAAGUGCUGCCCCAGCACAAGUUCGACACCGGGUCCCUGGAGGCCUAUCUAAACCAGCACUUGCCUGGCUUUGGGGCCGAGCCAGAGGCCCACCUGACCGUUGCUCAAUACAGAUCAGGACAGUCCAAUCCAACCUUUUAUCUCCAGAAGGGCUAUCAAGCAUAUGUACUCAGAAAAAAACCAUCUGGAUCACUUCUUCCUAAAGCACAUAAGAUUGAUAGAGAAUUUAAAGUCCAGAAAGCUUUGUUUUCAAUUGGAUUCCCCGUUCCCAAGCCUUUAUUGUACUGCAGUGAUGCUUCUAUCAUUGGAACAGAAUUUUACAUGAUGGAACAUGUGCAGGGUCGAAUCUUUCGUGAUUUUACAAUUCCUGGAGUUAGCCCAGCAGAACGCUCAGCCAUAUAUGUGGCCAUGAUAGAAACCUUGGCUCGGUUACAUUCCUUGAAUGUACAGUCGUUGCAGCUGGAAGGAUAUGGUAGAGGUGCUGGGUACUGCAAAAGACAGGUAUCAACCUGGACAGAGCAAUAUAAAGCUGCAGCUCAUCAGGACAUCCUUGCCAUGAACCAGCUAUUUCACUGGCUAAUGAAAAACUUGCCAGAUAAUGACAAUGAAGAAAAUUUGAUUCAUGGAGACUACAAACUAGAUAACAUAGUUUUCCACCCUACAGAGUCUCGAGUUAUAGCUGUACUGGAUUGGGAGCUUUCAACCAUUGGUCAUCCUUUGUCAGACUUGGCUCAUCUCUCCGUGUUCUACUUUUGGCCAAGGACAGUUCCAAUGAUAAAUCAAAGUUCUUAUUUUCAAGAAAACAUAGGGAUACCAUCAAUGGAAGAAAUGAUUUCAAUAUAUUGCCGCUGCAGAGGAAUUAAUUCUAUUCUUCCUAACUGGAAUUUCUUUAUUGCCCUGACAUAUUUUAAAAUGGCUAGCAUAGCACAGGGAGUAUAUCGUAGAUAUCUUCAGGGAAAUAAUGCAUCUGAGAAUAGCUUUCUGUUUGCCAAGAUUGUGCAACCUCUGGCAGAAACUGGAUUACAACUCUCAAAACGGACUUUUGGUACUACACCACCACAGAUUGAUACUUCCCAGCAGUUUUUUGUACAGAGUAAGACAGGCCAGGCAGUUCUUAUUAGGAUGAAGCAUUUCAUGAAACAACACAUCCUUCCAGCUGAAAAAGAGGUAAUUGAGUUCUAUGUUCAAAAUGAAAAUUCAGUGGACAGAUGGAAAAAACCUUUAGUGAUUGAUAAACUCAAGGAAAUGGCCAAAGCAGAAGGCCUCUGGAACUUGUUUUUGCCAGCUGUAAGUGGUCUCAGCCAGGUGGACUAUGCCUUGAUUGCUGAAGAAACAGGAAAAUGCUUUUUUGCUCCAGAUGUCUUUAACUGCCAAGCACCAGACACAGGGAACAUGGAGGUGCUCCACCUAUAUGGAAGUGAAAAGCAGAAGCAGCAGUGGCUUGAGCCUCUUCUUCAAGGAAACAUUACAUCCUGCUUCUGUAUGACAGAGCCCGAUGUAGCUUCAAGUGAUGCCACAAAUAUUGAAUGUAGCAUCGAACAAGACGGAGAUAGCUAUGUAAUUAAUGGCAAGAAAUGGUGGAGCAGUGGAGCUGGGAAUCCAAAGUGCACAAUCGCAAUUGUUUUGGGAAGAACUAAAAAUACCUCUGCAGCCAGACACAAACAAUACACCAUGGUUCUUGUUCCUAUCAACACACCUGGAGUAGAAAUAAUAAGGCCUUUGUCAAUUUUUGGCUAUAUGGAUUAUUUACAUGGAGGACAUUUUGAGAUCCACUUUAAUCAAGUACGAGUUCCUGCCACCAAUAUAAUAUUAGGUGUAGGCAGGGGAUUUGAAAUCGCCCAAGGCCGCCUUGGACCUGGUAGAAUCCACCACUGUAUGAGAAUAGUAGGUCUGGCAGAACGUGCUUUGCAGAUCAUGUGUGAACGGGCAACAAAAAGGGUGGCCUUUAACAAGAAACUGUUUUCACAUGAGGUUGUGGCUCACUGGAUUGCUAAAAGCCGCAUUGCCAUUGAGAAGAUACGUUUGUUGACCCUGAAAGCCGCCCACAGCAUUGACACUGUAGGCAGCACUGGUGCUAAGAAGGAGAUUGCAAUGAUUAAAGUGGCUGCCCCUCGGGCCAUCUGCAAAAUUAUUGACCGGGCGAUCCAAGUGUGUGGAGGCGCAGGUGUUUCCCAGGACUACCCUCUGGCUACCAUGUAUGCCCUAACACGAGCUCUGCGCAUAGCAGAUGGGCCCGAUGAAGUCCACCUCUCUGCGAUCGCAGCACUGGAGCUGCGGGACCAGGCCAGAGACAUGAGGUCCAAGGUGUAGGAGGCAGCGGCAUCUCACCUCCAGACAGACUUCUCGAGCUCCAGCAUUUGCACCUCAUUCUGUUUUUGCACCAGUUUGAGCACAGGAUUAACUGCUCGUUUUCAGUAAAGAUUUGAGCAUCUGGUU